UAGGACUGGUCGGGUUAGCGAGAGUUGUUCAACCGGCUGACAGACAUAACCGAGGCAGCGGAGAGCUGUCUGUCAUUACUAACAGUUUGACCGCUUGACUGACUAACGCCAUUUGGUUAGCUUUAGUGUUGUGGCCGGGGAAGUUCAACGAAACCCAGUUUGAUGCGGGAAUUAGCCACCAGUCGUUAGACAGUCUCCACCUGUUAUUUGCUACAUCGAGGGGCUAAGUUAGCUAACGUCAACGUUACGGCUGACUGCUAGCUCACAUUAGCUAAUUGUGACAGUUUCUACCCCUGCUGCGUAUCAUAGUAAGGUUGUCAACAUGCUGCAGUAGAGUGAUGCACCGAGUGUUGAUAUUAAUAAUGGCCAUCUGGGGAGUGGAAGGAUGCUCCAAUUCGGAGAGCUGCCCGACGCCCACGCCCAAUUCCACCAAGGACUACUGUUACUCGGCCCGAAUUCGCAGUACUGUACUCCAGGGCUUGCCUUUUGGAGGGGUACCAACCGUCCUUGCCCUUGAUUUUAUGUGCUUCUUGGGGCUGCUGUUUGUGUUCUCCUUCUUGAGAAAAGUAGCAUGGGACUACGGGCGCCUUGCUUUGGUGACCGAUGCUGACAGACGAAUGGAUCAACGGUACAGUCGCCUGGAUGAUCGGGAAUAUGUGGCCUCUGCCAUGACAUCAGAGACACCUGAACGCUAUGAAAGGCUCACCUCAGUCUCAAGCUCUGUGGACAUUGAUCAGAGAGACACCGGAUUCUGCUCCUGGCUAACUGCUAUCUUCCGCAUCAAGGAUGAGGAGAUAAGGGAGAAGUGUGGUGAGGAUGCAGUGCAUUAUUUGUCCUUUCAGCGACACAUCAUUGGCCUGCUGGUAGUGGUGGGCGUGCUCUCUGUGGGCAUCAUCUUGCCCGUUAACUUCUCGGGAAACCUGCUUGAAAACAAUGCCUAUAGUUUUGGACGAACCACUAUAGCAAAUUUGAAUGCUGAUAAUACACUACUGUGGCUACACACCACCUUUGCAUUUCUCUACCUGUUACUGACGGUGUAUAGCAUGAGACGGCACACCUCCAAGAUGCACUACAAAGAGGAUGACCUGGUAAAACGCACUUUAUUUGUCAACGGGAUCUCCAAAUACGCAGAGGAGACUGAGAUAAAGCAACACUUUGAGCAUGCAUAUGAAAACUGUGUUGUACUGGAAGCUCGGAUCUGUUACGAUGUGGCCAGGCUGAUGUAUCUUAACUCUGAAAGGAAGAAGGCAGAGCGCAACAAGAAAUUCUUCCUUGACCUUCAGGCCAAGGAGCAUAUUACCACCAUGAUCAAUCCAAAGCCCUGUGGACACCUCUGCUGUUGCGUCAUCAAAGGCUGCGAGCGGGAGGAGGCAGUGGGUUACUACACCAAGCUGGAUGGACAGCUGAAAGAGGACUACAGGAAAGAGAGAGAGAAGGUCAACAGGAAACCUUUAGGAAUGGCCUUUGUCACCUUUCAGAAUGAGUCCAUUACUGCCAUAAUUUUGAAGGACUUUAAUGCUUGCAAGUGUCAGGGUUGUCACUGUCGUCGGGAGCCCAAGAGCUCUCAGUUCAGCACCAAACUGCACACACACAACUGGACUGUCAGCUACGCCCCUGAUCCACAAAAUGUCUACUGGGAGCAUCUGUCAGUGGGAGGAUUUUCCUGGUGGAUCCGCUGCUUGAUCAUCAACUGUGUCCUGUUCAUCCUCCUGUUCUUCCUCACCACCCCAGCCAUCAUCAUCUCCACCAUGGACAAGUUCAAUGUUACCAAACCAGUGGAGUACCUCAAUAAUCCAAUCAUCACCCAGUUCUUCCCCACCCUCCUUCUGUGGUCCUUUUCUGCCUUACUUCCUACUAUUGUCUACUACUCUGCCUUCUUCGAAGCCCACUGGACCCGCUCAGGAGAGAACAGGACCACAAUGCAUAAGUGUUAUACUUUCUUGAUCUUCAUGGUCCUGUUGCUGCCCUCCCUCGGACUCAGCAGUUUGGAUGUUUUCUUCCGCUGGCUGUUUGACAAAAGGUUCUUGGCAGAUGCUAAAGUGAGAUUUGAGUGUGUAUUCCUUCCUGACAAUGGAGCCUUCUUCGUGAACUAUGUCAUUGCGUCUGCAUUCAUUGGAAAUGCCAUGGACCUGCUGAGGAUCCCGGGUCUGCUCAUGUACAUGAUCCGCCUCUGCCUGGCUCGCUCUGCAGCUGAGCGGAGGAACGUCAAAAGGCACCAAGCCUAUGAGUUCCAGUUCGGGGCAGCUUAUGCUUGGAUGAUGUGUGUCUUCACUGUGGUUAUGACCUACAGCAUCACCUGCCCAAUCAUCGUCCCUUUUGGGCUGAUGUACAUGCUGCUGAAACACCUAGCAGACAGGUACAACAUGUACUACGCCUAUCUGCCAUCCAAACUGGACAAGAAGAUCCAUUCUGGAGCUGUCAACCAAGUGGUGGCUGCUCCUAUUCUCUGUCUCUUUUGGCUUCUGUUCUUCUCCACUGUUCGCUCGGGGUUUUCAGCCGCAACGUCCAUGUUCACGUUCGUAGUUUUGAUCAUCACAAUCAUUGUCUGCCUCUCUCACGUCUGCUUUGGACAUUUUAAAUAUCUCAGCGCUCACAACUACAAGAUUGACACCCAGGAGAUUGAUGGAUUGGAGAAUGGACGUCCAGUGUGCACUUCUGCCGCUAACAGGGCAGCACAAAUGUACAUUGCUCAGGUACUUCAAGACCCAAAUUCAGAGGAGGCUGGCUCAGGCAGUGGCGAGGACGAUGGCCAGGGGUCCUCGCAGGACGAGGAAAUAAUCAAUGUUGAAAAUGGCCUGAAUGAGGACUUCCAGUCUGGUGAGGACAGCCUCAUUGAUAAUGAAGUGCAUCAGUGAUACUGUCCGGACUUAAAAAAAUCCCCUAAGUUAACUUGAGGAGUGCACUGAACAUGUGAAUUAAACUAGGAACUGAACCAGCAGUUCUCCAAAGCAUCUCAACCUCCAUCGAGGGACUUCACACUAACAUAAGCACACUGUCUACUAAGGAUUUAAUGGAUUGUUACUCAAGGACUCUUGCGUUUCCUACACUGGGUCUCAUCAAACCACAUCUUCUGUGCACCUGCAGAAGGGAUGUACUCUGACAGUGUAAGGGCAGCAACGUCUUUCUGCUCCGAUGUAGCUGAGGCACAUCCUGAAACACUACACAUGGACCCGUGAAAGAAAGACACUAAUGCACAAAUGAAUAUUUUUGCCUUGUCAUGUAAGGGGAGUAUUCUGUCUGUAUUUCCUUAACAUAUUGCACUUCAAAGAGAGGACCUGUCCGAUAAGCUCGAGUUUCACCAUGGUACUGUAGUACAGCAUGCCUUCAAUUGCAAAGGGUGGAGGGAUUUUCCCAUAAUCCUUUUGCCAGUAUCUCUAAUUGUCUGCACUAGAUGCUUCCCUGAAUAAGCAGCUUAUAAGAGAGGAGAGCAAGAGAAGAGUUUUCCACAGCAGCAGGUAGCUUGGUCUGUGCAGAUAUGGUGGUCUCAAAACUUCUUCCAAUUCCAUAGAAGCCUUUCAGAAAAAAACAAAAAAAGAAAAAAAAAUCAUUGCUACUAACACUCCUGGACGCUUUGAGACUACUGCUACAAAACUCUAGAUUUGUGAAAUAACCUUGUUUGACAUGGUAUUUAUUUGUAGGCAUGGAAUUUUAAAUGUUAAUAAGCUUGAUACAUCCCUAAACUGUGGAAGAGGCUAAUUCAUCUCUUGGUACACUACAUUGAUAAUGAUCAUUUUUGGCAUUCAGUCCCUGAGCCUUUGUUGGUACUGCUGUAGGACUGCUGCUACUGAUGCUGCCCCCAUUAGGGGACAAUCCUUGCACGGCUGCUGCAGAAGGACUGGAGGCCAAGACCCUGCUGAUUCCUUUGUUUGGCUCAGAGGAUGGAGAGAAAGGCCUUUUGGGGGGGUUUUCUGAGUCAGUUUCAGAGAUACUCAUUGUGACUAGUUCUCUUUAUAUGUUGUUCUCAUUGUUAUCUUUUUUUUCCCAUAUGUUUACAUAUGUAUGUAGAGAUUUUCGAAUUAGCAUUCAGUUUAGGUGGCUACUGCUAGUUUUAGGAAUGAGGUAAUCCAUAUCUUACCACUCAGCCCUCUGUCAGGUCCUCUUCAAUGUUUUGUGUAGAUAGCAUGGUGUAGGUAGCAUACUGUAAGUUCCAGUUGUCAUUGAGCAUUGUUACAUUUUCCCAUUUUGCCAGUACUCAGUGCUGAGUUUUAGAUUGGUGAACUCAGCUGCGCAGUUUUUGGGAUAACAUAUCAAAUCUUGGGCAAGACCACACAAGAAAGUUUAGCAGUUACACCAGUGGUCCAGUUCUAUUUAUUGUCAUACUCAUGUUCAAACCUUAACUGUAUGAUAUUGAACACUGUCGCCACCCCCACUCCCAAUCACCCAUUGAUAACAAAAUAGAAAAUAUAUUCAUUAUGUUGUUUUUAUGAAGUACUUACAUAUCCCCCCACAAUUGUACAUUCCAUUUGCAGAUCCACCGACCAGCUCUGUAAGGCCUCUGGCAGAGAAAUAGGGAUGCACUACAACAUUUUCCUGAUCUGCCUCAGCCAUGUGAAGCAGCUUCUUUUCAGGUUCAACAACAUUCAGACACAAAUAUCUGCUUUAACAGAGCAAACACCAAGUAACAAAUUAUCAUGUGAAACACAGUGCCCAUGCAGUUAUUACCUUACUCAGGAUUUAAGAAGCCUCUUUUUUCUGUACACUGUGAGCUGCCCCAUUAAACAUAAAGACGAUUGUUGAAAAAGCAAGGCAGAGUGCUGCAGACAAAGUACCACUACAGUCUGUCACUAUGGACCAAUUAUUAUCAUUGGUCCAUAAUAUUAAAAAAAUGUAUUAUCCAGCUGCUCAGAGAGCCAUUGUGGGAAAUGUGCACUAAUCUUACUUUCACUUAUAUGACUGACAGAGAAGGGCACACCCCAUAUGGGUGUGACAACGACAACGGUGAACCUAAACUGUUUCCAUAAUUUGUCCAUGGGUAUUUUAGCACUACAUAUGGGUAUAUUAUUAUGGUAAAAACAAGAGAAUUGUCAGACACCAUUGACUCUGGUGCUCUUCUGGUCAUGAUAAGGUGAUUUUAUUUUUUAUACCUCUUCAUUUUUAUACCUCUGAGAUAUCUUGAAAUCUCUGAAUGUGUUCUGUCAAAAUAACACAUACUGUCCAGCUCCGAGGGAGAUGCUUAAAAAUCUCAUCUUGUCUAACAACUUCAGUUUUUAAAACACUGAAUGUACGUUAAUUCCACAACUUUUUUGGUAAGUUGAAAGUGGCUAAAGUAAUGAAAGUGUGAUGGCUGUAUUUAAACAGCUUCGAAAGGACGGUUCACUGAGCUAACCAGAACUUGUUUUAUACUACAACAAAACUAACUGGUGUCCUGUCCCAUGUUAUGGCUUUUCAUUUGAGUACAGAUCUUCAUUUGUCAGUCUGAUGGUUGCAAUGAUUUCCAGGUAGCAUUGUUUUGCUAAUUACGAUCCUCAUGAUGGAUUUUAUAUUAUCUUCAUAAGAUCUGUAUAGACAGCGGGACUAACUGGAAAUAGAUGCAUUGUUUUUUGUCACCAACAGUCAAAGACUCUUAAUAGAAGUUAUCAGCUUGUUUCUACUUUGUGUUAAAAAUGGGCAGUAAAACGUUUCUGUGUCUCAAAACUGUGCACAGUUAGAAUGUGUUUUUGUGAGCUUUGCCUUUUUUUAGUUUUACAUUUUUCUAGAUAGGAAGAGUAACAAUAGCAGAUCUCAGCAUUUGACUGUCUCAUUUUUUCAUCCUUUCCAAAGGGCCGUCUGUACAACAGAUAGAGAUAGAUAUAUAUAUAUAUAUAUAUAUAUAUACUAUAUAUCUGCUUCCCCCCAGCUCUUUGAACAAUAAAUCUGUAUUUAAUCAA